AUGGCACCAAAUCGCAAGACCAAGGAGCCGUUCUGGCUGGGGGGCGCCGCAGCUUGCAUGGCAGUAUGCUUCACACACCCGUUAGACCAGACCAAGUACCGGAUGCAGGUGCUCAAGUCCAAAACCUCCAUGUUAAACGUCAUGUACCGCUUUGCCGCGCAAGACGGAAUCGCUUCACUUUGGACCGGGCUCUCGGCCUCCAUCCUCCGCCAGGGAUCAUACUCCACAGCCCGUUUCGGCAUCCACAGCCUCCUCUCCGAAAAGGUCCUCAAGUUCACAGGCGACAGCAAGAUAUCCGUCUCGUGGAACAUUGCGUGCGCAGGCCUCGCCGGCGGCAUUGCAGGCGUCGUAGGCAAUCCAGCCGAAGUCGCCCUCGUGCGCAUGUGCGCCGACGGUGCGAAGUCGCCGGCGCAGAGGUUUGGGUACUCCAACGCUGUUGAUGCGUUGAUCAGAGUUUCCAGAGAAGAAGGCUUCCAGGCGUUCGGGAAGGGAAUCACUGCAAAUAUCACGAGGAGCGUGUUGAUGAAUGUGUCACAAAUUGCCACCUAUGCUUCAGCGAAGCAGUACCUCAUGGGAUCCGCAGGACUCGGAGAUGAUAUCAAGACACAUGCCAUCGCUUCUCUAGCGGCAGGGACCAUGGCAACAACACUCUGCGCGCCAGCCGAUGUGUUGAAGAGCCGUCUGCAAGCAAGUGCAGGAAAAGAGGGACUCUUGACGGUCCUGCGGACAGGUCUUCGGGAGGAAGGAGUUCGGUUUCUGAUGAGGGGAUGGACGCCUGCGUGGCUGAGACUGACGCCGCAUACUGUUUUGACGUUUGUGUUUAUGGAGAAACUACGACAACUGACUACCAUCGGGAUCCCAUGGCUGCACGCCGACACGGUCCCAGUCCAGAAAGUGGAGUUACGCUAG